UUGCGGGAUCCCUAAAGCCUCUGUUUUUCAUUUUUUUUUUCUUUUUUUUCUUCUUUUCUUUGUCUUCCCUUCGUCGGUCGAGGAGCGCAAUAAAUCGUCGACUUUCUUGGCGACUUGUUCUCGAUUCCUCAUUCUGUGCCCGAAGUUUGCUACGUUUUGUUGAUUCACUUCACUGAGUUUACAAUUUUCUUGUUUUGAGAAGACUCUUCUCCCUGGAUUAAAGCUCGUUUCGUCUGAAUCAUUUGGGAUUUUUGCUUCUUUGAGCCAAAGGUUUCGUCUUUUGAUUGGUUUGGAUGGGUCAGCUCCUCAAAAUCCUUUCUUGUUGCGGGUCUUGGUGAUGAGUUUUGCGCUACAAUGGUGCCUUGUUAUUGAGCCAUAAAAAACGUGGCGUCUGGCUUGGAGCGGCUCGGGAUGGACUCUCGGAAGCCGCUGUGGAAGCCUCCUCAGCGUCAGCAGAAGCAAGGGGCGGCGUUGCGGCCGAGACUGGAGCGGUGCAACGCGUUGAAGCACAUUGACUACGAGGCGCCGGCCGUGCGGGCGUCGUGGUCGGCGGGAUCCUCCUCUGCUGCGUCAGAGGAGCAAUCCAACACCCGCGCGACGCGGUCGCUGGACAUCUGGCCGCUGGCUUACGCCCACCAGACGAGCUUCCGGAUCGACGGCAGUGUCGAGGACGAGGUUGGCAUGCUUUGUCGCAGCCUCGGUCUCGAAGGCCCCGAUGACUUUGCCAUUUCACUUGACGAGUGGGAGAAGCGAAAGGUGCAACCGUCUCCAGAUACUGUAACUAGGUCUAGGCUUUCUCCGCAGGGCAGCCGAACCAGCUUCAGCCACACCUUGUCUUCGGGUCCUUCUGUGUCCAAUUUGUCUGAUGCAGACGAGCAGAAUAGACAGGACUCGGGAGAAGGAGAUAUGAAGCUCUGUGUUGUUCGGAAACCCCAUACUAUGGUUUCCGAAACUGAACCCAUCGAGAUUCCAUGUGCUUCUCCAAGGUCCAGGGCAGGAGAUGGAGGUAUCCGAGGAGUCCGGCCACCGGCUCUGUCUCCUCCACCACCUUUCACAACAUUUUCGCCUCCACAGUCUGGACCUACAAGGAACAAUCUACCAUCAACUCUCAAAACUCCUCCCUCUAUGCCCGUUCAAGUUUUUGAUUCUUCCAGCACAACUUUCGAUAACCUUAGAGCCUUGGCUCCAGAGAAGAGUGGGCGGGAGGCAGAUCAAAUGAAAUCUGUGGAUUCUGAGGACAAAGUGAAGGGGGGAGUUCCAGUAGUAGAUGAAAUGAGUAACAAGGAAUUGAGGGAGAUGUGGUUGGAAGACAUAUCAGCUGAUGACUUUACUAGGACAUCUUCUUACUCAACAAUGAAUGAUGAUGAUACAUCGAGUUCGACUACUGAAACAUUCAUCAUCUCUCCAAAUGGUAGGUUCAAGCUGAAGAUGAAAUCAUGGAUGCGUGGCGUACUCUUGGGGAGUGGUUCAUUUGGUUCAGUGUACGAAGGGAUCAGUGAGGAUGGUAUAUUUUUUGCUGUUAAAGAAGUGUCUUUGCUUGACAAAGGAUGCAAUGCUCAACAGUGUAUUAUCCAACUUGAGCAGGAGAUUUUGCUGCUAAGUCAGUUUGAACAUGAAAACAUUGUUCAAUACUAUGGGACUGACAAGGAGGAGUCAAAACUAUAUAUCUUCCUUGAACUUGUCACACAAGGUUCCCUUGCGUCUCUAUACCAGAAGUAUCGUUUGCAAGACUCCCAGGUUUCUUCUUAUACCAAACAGAUUUUAAAUGGAUUAAACUACCUUCACGAGCGUAAUGUUGUGCACAGAGAUGUCAAAUGUGCAAAUAUAUUGGUUCAUGUGAAUGGCUCUGUGAAGCUUGCAGAUUUUGGAUUGGCAAAGGAGAUGACCAAGUUCAACAUGCUGAAAUCUUGCAGAGGAAGUGUAUAUUGGAUGGCUCCAGAGGUUGUUGAUCCUAAAAGAACGUAUGGACAAGCUGCUGAUAUAUGGAGUCUUGGUUGCACGGUUCUGGAAAUGCUGACUCGCCGGAUUCCUUAUCCUCACCUGGAACCGACACAAGCUUUAUUCAGGAUUGGCCAUGACGAACCACCACCUAUUCCGGACUCCCUCUCUCAAGACGCAUACGAUUUCAUUAGCAAGUGUGUUCAAGUAAACCCUGAUGACCGUCCUACUGCUUCUGAAUUGUUGGAGCAUCCAUUUGUAAAACGACCGCUGAAACUCUAAAUUCUUCUUCAAUCAACAAUGAGAAAUUAUACAGUUAGAUGGCAUUAGUGGCCUCAAAUACUCCAAGUGAAAUAAAGAUCUAUUUCCAAAGAAUGGAGUAAAUAGAGAAUAAAUUCGGAACAAUUGUUGUAUAGUUUAUAGAAUUGAUGUGAAAUAGCUGUCCUUACAUUUCUUCUUUGAGAAUGCCAUAAAGAAUAGAAGAAGUAACAGUCAAUCAUAGCUCUUCAGCAUCAGCAAUUGAUGGUUUCAACUGUUGAGCAGUGUGUCAAGCACAUCGAGCACGAUGCAGAGAAACAUCUCAAGAAACCUUGACAGAUACCUGAACAGACCCCCACGCACAUCACACCUUUCAUUAGUUAUGCAUGCUCCUAAUGACCCCACUCAUGAUCAACCAAGUCAUCAUUGCCUCAUGCUCAACGCCUUGAUCUAGUUGGACCUUUUCCAUGAAGAAAUCUAACCAUGCUCAAUCAAGCCACUCACACGUGUGUGAUAAUUAUGAAGGAAUCCACGGCAUAACCUUCUUCAUUAAUUUGCACCCUAAGAACAAUGCUGUCUACGUGAAGAGAAAUGAAAGAAGAAUCAUUUGUGGGUGGGUGGGGCUGCAUUGUUGCACCUCUCUCUUUUCCUUUUCACAGUUAGUUUUGGGGUUUAUUGCAGAGAACAGCAGCAGUGAAGCAUGCGCCAGUUGCUUUUGCUUUCUUCCUUGUCUCUCCAUGUUUGAAGCUUUUAUACCUUUCAGUUAUUCAUGGAGAUGGAGAUUUAGGGUUUGGUUGGCAGUAGACAGAUUGGUGUUGAUGGCUUUGUCAAAGCUUGUGGUCUUUGUCUGCAUGCAUAAGUGCAGUGCAGGCCCCUGCCACCGAGUCUCCUCCAUUAUGAGUUGAGUUCUUGAGGAGGAAAAGUGGUGAGCAUGCCUGCCUGGUUUUGUGGCUGCUUGUCCCUGCACAACAACUUUACUAUUAUUAUGUCACUCACCCUUCACAUACUGUUUUAAUACAUUUUAAUUAGAUAAUGAAUAUAUAUCAGGAAUAAACAAAGAACAACUAGGGUAUAAGAUUAUAGUUACUUGACUUAGUCGAUUGAUCUAUCAACCAUACAAGCUGACUAGCCCAAUUAAUUUAUUAGGCUCAUUUACUUAGCUCGAUUGAUCUUUGAACUUGUUGAAGUCAUCUAGUUCAAUGAGUUUAGUUGAUUAAUCAAAUGUGUUAGUCUAAGGGAUACACUAUGUUAGAAAUAAAAUAGUCUUUUUUUGAAAGUUCAAAAUUAUUAUUUUUUUAAAAAAAUAAAAUAAAAUAGGACAGAAAAUGUUUAUUGUACAAGAGAAUACAUCUUCAUCGAACCAUGGCAUGGUUUGUAACCGACACUAGCCGGUCAAGACGGUUAUUUGAUCGCAUCAUUGUUAUUGACUACAAAAGGCAUCGAAUUUACGAGAAUAACAGCGCAAACUCGGAGAAGGACCAAUUUGUAUUUAACGAACUAGCCAGGGCGUUGUAGUUCUAAUGCUUCCAUAAAGUGCUACUCCCCUCGCCUUCUUCUUCCCCUCGCGAUCGCUCGUGCUUGUUCCAGAAGAAAAAGAUUCGUUCUCUGCCGCCCGUCAUUCUUCCGCUGCUAGAGCGCAUCUUCUCGUCCGCGCCUGGAAGUCGCUCUUUUUGGUGCUCUGCAUCUAGCCAGCUUCCUGGAGGCCGAGUGGGAAGUUCUAGCUGCAAGAGGUGGCCUUAAAUAAAAUUUGAGGUUAAGCAUUUGGAACGGUAUGCAGUGGUUGAAUCUGUACGUUGAUGUUCACCGCCGAGUGAACCUAUAUUGUAGGGUGAUUCUGUGAUUAAUUUCUAUCUGUUUCUUCCCUUCUACUGUUUUCUCCCUUUUCUUAUUCAGGCAUUAAAUCCCUCACUCUUGGUGUAGCUUCUUCUGCUUGUCUCCUUAAUUAUAUUCUUGUUCAUCAAGUAUCAUUUUGAUCUUUUCCUCUUGAUUUCUUUGUGCUCCCUUGGUUUCUUGGUGAACUGGUUAUCUUGAGGAAAGAACUCUAGGAAUGGUGUGCCAAGCAGAAACAAGGACAACGUUCCAAGCUUUGAAACAUGAGAAUGGGAUUGCUGGUAGCUCCACCAUAAUCAUUAGGAUUAUUGCUUGCUUCCGUCCAUUGCAAGAUUGCCAGGCUGAAUACUUCCGCCACCUCCUAAAGCCAGUUGCGUAAAUUAUCGUCUGUUGCAGUUCAUCUUCAAUCAAACUCGAAGAAUUUUGCCUCCUUUUUUAUUUUUGGUUAGAUCCUCUCGUGUGGGAAUAAUAUUUGACACUACAAUUGCCUGAGGUGAUUAACACGCACAUUCUUUUGAUGGGGCAAGAUAAUAAUCCUCGUAUCAAUUUGCAGUGCCCAAUUUGGCAAUUUAGUUACAUAAUCUCUGCUAGAGAUAACAGACAAUUUGCUAUCAGGCGUCAAAACUUGAAUCCAGUGUUUUUCUCUACUUGCGUUAGUCCAAAUGCUUGUGUCUUGCCAGUGACUUUUGCAACACCUUUCCCUGAUUUCUACGCACGCAAUUUCUUUCACAAAGCUUCACCUUUGAUUCCUCCUCUGGCCCCAUUUCAUGUCACUUCCAAAUUUGAUGGCUCAGAGAAGAGAUACUUGGUUUUUGAUCAGCUAAGGGAUGGAAGGAACUUUGCCUUUAGCUCAUCAAGUGUCCCCAUUCCAUGCAUGGAUUCUGUGAACCCAGGUUUCGAUGUGCAGGGCAGCACUGAACCUUCUGAUUGGCAUGGAUCUGAAGAGAUACAUGAAAAUACUGAGGAACUUGAUGCACUGUUAUACUCGGAUUCCGAUGACAAUCAUGUUGUAGAUGAAGCCAGCACUGGAAGUUCUCCAAUUGAAGAAGUGGAGAAGACUAUUUCUGCGGUGGCUAGCUCUGUACUUUCAGUAAAGCGGAAAAGAGCUGAUGAUGAAUUUGAUGCAUCAGUUACAGAUACUGCAAGUUCGCAAGUUCUUCACUUUCCUAAUAUCUCUUCAGAUAACAGGAAUAAAGAGGAUGACAACUCUGCAUCCAUCUGCUUUGAGUUAGUAGAUGAUCAAAUUGAAGAGACCAGGCAACUCAAGAGAACGAAAAUUCAGGAAACAGUUGGCCUAUUGAGAAAGAUCAUCCCUGGUGGUAAUGCGAUGGACGCCAUCACUGUCCUUGACAAGGCCAUCAACUAUCUCAAGUCCCUUAAGUUAAACGUCAAAUCUUUUGAAACUUUUCCAUAGUAUCUAUUUGAGCAAUAGUUUCAUCAAUAGCACCCCAUAUGAGGGUGGUGUUAUGAGAAGAGAGAAAAGUAAGUCAAACAGUUGCUCCUCACACAGCUGGAAUAUGAUUGAAUGCACGAAUCAAAUUCUUGUAAGGGGAAGAGGAAUAUGAUGGUGCAAUAAAGCAUAACUAUGUUGUAGUGUUUGUUUGUGCAAAGGGAGGACUUCAAAUUAGCACAAAGCUUCUUUUGACCAAAAGUUUUGAUGGGCUACGCAAGGUGUGCGCAUGGGGGACGGAUCUACAAAGGGUAGGAAAGCAUGCACAUGUUAUGUUGUGCGGUGAUUGUGACUCGGUUGGUGUGCUCCUUUGAACAGCAGAGUAGCAUUGCAGUGAAGGAAUGCAAGUCUGGUUGUGCUGUGCCACUUUAAUGAUUUCCUUGAGGUUUGUGGAUGUUAUGUUGCUUUUGUUGGCAUGGGGAGUGAAGGAAGAAGCUUCAUUCAUUACUUUACCUUGCUAUGGGGCCGUUCUUGAAAUGCUUUGAAGAAAAAGGCAUUUGGCAUCAUGAUGAGUGGAUAAGUUUGUGGUCCAUUGAUCCUUUUUUUUCACACAAGUGGGUGCCACUGUGCUAUUGGAAGGUCUGUCUCUAGUUAAGCUUGCUAUUGGAUGAGUCUGGGAAUGCUUGCUGGAAAGACUUUGUGCCAGCAUGAUGGUUUGGAAUGCUCAUGGUUUUUUGCUAUUGCUAUCCUCAACUUCUUUGUUGUUAACUUUGAUGGCAAAUAUUGUCGAAAAUGAGGCUUUCUACUAUAACUUCAUUCCAUUGUUUGUGCUUAUUGAUAAGAUAUUUAUGUCAUUAUUUGUGGUUU